CAAGAGUACUUCCCCCCUUCUCUCUCAUAGUCCUCGCACCUAAAAACCUAGCGCAAGGGGCAUGGUGAGGCGGUGGAACGCGGUGGGGAGGCUCCGCCGACUAGCCCGAGGUGCCGAUCUCUGAUCCUACGCAACGAUCCGGCUGCUUCGGCUCGCUGUCGGUCACAAGAUAUGGCAGCUUCUCAACAUGUUGAAGUAGAGGCUGCCAAACUUUUGCAUAAACUUAUCCAAGAAUCGAAGGAUGAGCCUGCUAAAUUAGCUUCAAAGCUUUAUGUGAUAUGUCAACAUAUGAAAGUAAGUGGAAAGGAGCAUUCAUUGCCAUAUCAAGUCAUUUCUAGGGCCCUUGAAACUGUUAUAAAUCAGCAUGGGCUUGACAUUGAGGUCUUGAAAUCAUCCCGCCUUCCAUUUACUGCUGUCCCUCAAACAGGAAGUUCUGGCCAGGCAAAGUUAAGGGAAAAGGAAGCAGUUAACAAUUUGUUGCAUGCAGGUGGAAGUGAUGUUCCUCAAAAAGGUUUGGGUGCUGCAACUUGGCAAGUUGCAUCCACUAAUUUAGCUAAUGAAGCCUUUGCUGGUCCGUCCAAUCGCUAUGAUAUGAUGAAAAAUACAUCAGGCGCAAUAGAUGUAUCAAAUAAAUUGGGAAUGAGUAAGAUGGACAUGGUUGGACUUGAAGCUCAGCAAAGUUUAUCUCAGAAAAUUAGUAAGUCAUCUGACCAAGGAAGUCCAGCCAGCAUGCCAACGGAGGACACAAGGUCAGCAAACUCUUCGGAAAGGCAUGAUAGCACUAGAUUUGAGAAUCAAUCAAACAAGAAAGUAGUAAAGAAGACUGCCCCUAAGCGUAAAAGAGGAAACUCAAAAACGGCAGAAGAUUCUUUGCCUGACAGCCCUCAGUUAUCUGAAACCUCUGUCAUGGGCCACAGUUCUAGGAAAGGCAAACAGAAUGAUAAAGGUGGAAGGCAAGAUGAAUCAAAAUCAGGUGCUCUCGAACAAUCAAAUAAUCUUCAUCAAAACACCCACUUAUUUAAUGUUUCUGGAGCUCCAUUUCGAAGCAAACAAGAAGGUUGUGAGGUUAUGACUGAGAGGACAAUGGAUAACACAAAAAUACCAAAUACAUUUUCUCUAAAUUCAAUUUCUAAGCUUCCUGAAGAACGGGAGGUAUUGUCUGCUGAGCGAUUUUUUGCUCUGCAAAAGGGAGGGUUGAUGGCAUCGAGAAUGAACUCUUUUAGCUCAAAUUAUCUCUGGAACCAGAACAAAUUUGCCAUGCCAUCAGAUAAUUCUCAGGGUUCUACUUCUUCUCUUAAAGAACCUUCUCCUGGAAUUCAUGGUGAAUCUUUGUAUGCUAAUAAUCAAACAAAUGCUAACACAAAUACUGAAACAAGUGCUGAUGUGCCCACCAGUCGCUUGCAUGGUAUUCCUACAUGUUCUUCUGGUGGUUUUAAUUCCUUUAUAGCGGCAAAUGUUGCCCUUUCAGCCCCUGCACAAUAUAAUAACUCUCAAUUGGAGAGCCAUGAUUCAGCUUCCAAGUUACAUUUUCAAAGAAACUUUGAAGCUUCCUCUAGUUCUCAUCUGUUGAACAGGGGCAAAGAGUUCCUUCCCGUCAGCACUACCAAAGAAAUUCCUCUCUCCAGUAAACCUGUUCUAGACUCACAUACCUGGAAUUCCUCUGCCGCGAGAGAGGAUGCAUCAAGAUUUUCUGUAAAAGCUUUUGAAGGGCAGGUUGGUUUAUCUUCACAUGGGACAAAAGUAACAGAAGGAGAUUCGUUCCAUGUAGAAGCAAGUCAGGGAGGUGGAGCAAAAAUGGACAUGAUGCGUCAAGUGAGCCAAGAUCUCUUUUCUAGAUCAAAAUCAGACAGUAGAUCAAGUGGUAUACCAAUUAGCAUGGAAACAGGUGCUCCAACAAGUUCCUCAGUUAUAAAACUUGGCACAAGUCCUUCUCAUCCUUUUAGGGAACAACAACUGAAACAACUUAGGGCUCAAUGCCUUGUAUUUCUUGCGUUCAGAAAUAAUUUAGUGCCUAGGAAAUUGCACCUUGAAAUAGCACUUGGAGCUAGUUUGGCAAAAGAAGACGAAACACAACCUCGCUUGAAUGAUAGCAGAGGAACUGAAAGGGAACCGAGUAAUAGUCAGGAGAAUUCGUUUGUUGGUCCAAGCAAUAUGGCUAGAGGACCUCCAGCUUCCUCAUCUAGUGGCAGUAUAGUCGAGCCAGAAUUGUCCUCAAAGGACAUAGCUAAUGCAAAGAAAAAAGGUAUUUUCAGCAAUCAGUUCGAGAGUGAGGUUCCAUCUAAUUCUAACCACCAAUCUGUUUGGCCAAAUCAAGUCUCACCUUCUGUAGGAUUUGGUAAAUCUAAGAGUUUUGAUAUGCCAUUUGCUCCAAGAGCCAAAAUUAAGGACACUGCUAGUAACGAAACUCCAGCUGCUGCUAUGCUGCAUCGGGAAGCUUAUCUGAAUCAGUCUCAUAACUUCAGUCAAAAUAACAAUGCAGGCUCUUUACAUUUGCCAGAUCCUAACUUGUCUGGAGUCAAUGUCCAUCCUGAUAAGCAUCAGUCCCUUUUACCUGUAAAAGAGCAGAAUCCGCAUGCUGUAGGAAACAGAUGUGAAAGUGUUGAAAAUGCAUUUCAUCCAUUAAAGGAUGUCAACUCCUUAAAUCGAUUCAUUCCUGAGAAAAUGUCUUCCUAUCCAGAUGCCUUGACUUCAAAUGGUGUAGCUAUGUCUGCCAUUCACAAACAACAUCCUGAUGCAUACAUGACAGGGAUCAUGAAUGAGGUGGUCUUGGAGAAAUCUUUUGAUCAAGACAUUGGAAAUCAAUCAAAUUUGAAUGAGAUGCUUGCAUCUCAUCCAAAGUACACAACUUCUGAGAAGUGUAUUAUGGAUUAUCAAAAGAGGAAACUAGUUGAAGAACAAAAAUGGGCUUCAAAGCUUAAAAAGUCUGAGGAAAAAAUAGCUGCAUGCUAUGAGAAAUUGAAGGAAAAGGUGAGUUCAUCUGAAGAUAUUUCUUCUAAGACAAAGAGUGUUAUAGAACUGAAAAAACUCCAACUUCUUCCGCUACAGCGCCGGUUAAGAAGUGACUUUCUUAAUGAUUUUUUCAAGCCUGUAACACCUGAGAUGGAUCGACUAAAGUCAUUCAAGAAACACAGACAUGGACGACGAAUUAAGCAGCUUGAAAAGUUUGAACAGAAAAUGAAGGAAGAAAGGCAAAAGCGAAUUCGUGAAAGACAAAAAGAAUUCUUUGGUGAAAUAGAAAAUCACAAAGAGAAACUUGAGGAGUCAUUCAAGAUUAAGAGAGAGCGUUGGAAGGGUUUUAAUAAAUACGUGAAGGAAUUUCAUAAAAGAAAAGAGAGGGCAUACCGGGAGAAGAUUGACAGGAUCCAACGUGAGAAGAUUAAUCUAUUGAAGAAUAAUGAUGUAGAGGGAUAUCUGAGAAUGGUUCAGGAUACAAAAUCAGAUCGUGUUAAGCAGCUUCUUAAGGAGACUGAAAAGUAUCUUCAGAAGCUGGGUUCAAAGAUAAAUGAUGCCAAGUCUGUGGCAAAGCAAUUUGAAAUGGAUGAAAGUCGAGACCAAACUAUGGUUGAAAACAAUGAGACUGCUAAUGAGAACGAUGAUGAGAGUGACCAGGCUCAACAUUAUUUGGAGAGCAAUGAAAAAUAUUACAAAUUGGCUCAUAGUGUAAAAGAGAGUAUAAGUGAGCAACCAAUAUCUCUUCAUGGAGGAAAAUUGCGGGAGUAUCAGAUGAAUGGUUUACGUUGGUUGGUUUCUUUGUAUAACAAUCACUUAAACGGGAUUCUUGCAGAUGAAAUGGGUCUUGGUAAAACUGUUCAAGUAAUUUCUCUAAUUUGUUACUUGAUGGAAACAAAGAACGACAAAGGUCCUUUUCUUGUGGUUGUGCCAUCAUCUGUUCUACCAGGUUGGGUGACUGAAAUGAGUUUCUGGGCACCUGGCAUAAACAAAAUAUCAUAUUGUGGUCCUCCUGAAGAAAGGCGUAGACUAUUUAAGGAAUUGAUUAUUCAUCAGAAGUUUAACGUUUUGCUGACAACAUAUGAGUACUUGAUGAACAAACAUGAUAGACCAAAGUUAAGUAAAAUUCAUUGGCACUACAUAAUUAUUGAUGAAGGUCAUCGCAUAAAGAAUGCCUCCUGUAAACUCAAUGGAGACUUGAGGAAUUAUCAGAGUUCUCAUCGGUUGUUAUUGACUGGAACCCCACUACAGAACAAUCUUGAAGAGCUGUGGGCCCUUCUUAAUUUCUUGUUGCCUAAUAUUUUUAACUCAUCAGAGGAUUUUUCUCAAUGGUUCAACAAACCAUUUGAAACCAAUGGAGAUAAUAAUCCUGAUGAAGCAUUACUCUCUGAAGAGGAAAAUCUUUUAAUUAUAAACCGUCUUCACCAAGUUCUUCGACCUUUUGUUCUUCGAAGACUUAAACAUAAGGUUGAGAAUCAAUUGCCUGAGAAAAUUGAAAGACUUGUAAGAUGUGAGGCUUCUGCUUAUCAGAAACUCUUAAUGAAAAGAGUCGAGGAGAAUCUUGGUUCAUUAGGAAGUGUUAAGGCACGCUCAAUACACAAUACUGUGAUGGAAAUGCGUAAUAUAUGCAAUCACCCAUAUCUUAGUCAACUUCAUGUUGAAGAGGUUGACAGUUUUCUGCCUAAACAUUUUCUGCCUCCUAUUAUUAGACUUUGUGGAAAACUUGAGAUGUUGGACAGAUUGCUUCCCAAGCUCAAAGCAACUGGUCAUCGAGUUCUUUUUUUCUCAACAAUGACGAGGUUGCUGGAUGUCAUGGAGGAUUAUCUCUGUUGGAAACGAUAUAGGUACCUUCGUUUGGAUGGACACACCUCUGGGCUUGACCGUGGAGCUUUAGUUGACGAAUUCAACCGUUCUGACUCACAAGCAUUCAUAUUUCUCCUAAGCAUUCGAGCUGGAGGGGUUGGUGUAAAUCUUCAAGCUGCAGAUACUGUCAUCCUAUUUGACACUGACUGGAAUCCACAGGUUGAUUUGCAAGCUCAAGCAAGGGCCCACCGGAUUGGACAAAAGAGGGAUGUACUUGUUCUACGGUUGGAGACAGUACAUACUGUCGAAGAACAAGUAAGGGCUGCUGCAGAACACAAACUCGGUGUUGCUAAUCAGAGCAUCACUGCAGGAUUCUUUGACAAUAACACAAGUGCUGAGGACAGAAGGGAAUAUUUGGAAAAUCUUCUUCGGGAAUCUAAGAAGGAAGCAGCUGCGCCUGUUUUGGACGAUGAUUCUCUCAAUGAUAUCCUUGCCCGAAGUGAAGCUGAGAUUGAUAUAUUUGAAUCUAUCGACAAGCAAAGGCGUGAUGAAGAAAUGAUAGCAUGGCAAAGAUUGGCUCAAGGUUAUCCAGAUGGGUCAGAUUCUGUUGUUAUGCCUUCUCGUCUUGUGACAGAUGAGGAUUUGAAAUCCUUCUAUAAAGCAAUGUCGAUAUAUGAAUCACAACCUUCUACCGCUGGCAUUAAAAGAAAAGGUGAACAUGUUGGCGGCCUUGAUACACAGCACUAUGGAAGGGGCAAACGAGCUCGCGAGGUACGAUCCUAUGGAGAUCAGUGGACCGAAGAAGAGUUUGAGAAACUUUGUCAAGCUGAUUCUCCUGAAACAUUACCAAUCAAGGUACUGAGAGAACCAUGUCCCUCCAAGGAUUCAGAUGAACUUCUAAACAAGGAGACACAUCUACCAUUACCAUUACAAACUGAAUUACCAACUAUAUCUAAAGAGCUGGUACAGCCAGUCAAAGAGCAGCCAGUCAAAGAGCCUUCUCAGUCAGUCAAAGAGUCUACGCCAGUUAAGCGGGGUAGGGGUAGGCCAAAGAGAACAGCAGCAGGGGAAGUGUUGGUGCAGGAUGUGAAGUCCCAAAGUGAAAUGGUUUCUGCAACCCCUACAGUUUCGGGACUGGUUCCUACUACUGAUAGUGUGGGUGUGGGAACUCCUGCUUUACUACCUUCAUCCAGUCCGGUCACAUUGGCUCAAACCAAGGCUCACAAAAGUCAAACUGGAGCACUUCGUGGACGGGGCAGAAAACCUAAAUGUCCACCAGCUUCUACUGAACUUCCAACUCAGACUGUAGUAGUAUCAGAUGCACCUAAGGUUCCUGCAAUACCGCAAGAGAAGAUAAGUGUUGACAAAUGCACAGUGAUUCCAAAUCUUUCUGCUGUUGAUAAUGAUCUUAGUCCUUCUACACAAUUAUGUAGGGUUGACUUAGAAUCAGUUAAGACUUCAAAUUUGUCUCAAGAAUCUGAUAAGGGAAUUUCAUCUGCUGAAAUGAGUGAAUCUGGGGCGGUUCCUGAUGCAGCAAUGAUUAAAGCAGUGCCUCGCAAGGCAAAAUUACCUGCCACUAUUGAUAACAUGAGCUCUACCGAGGCUAAAUCAAGUGAAAAACAGAAAGUACAUGAGAAUUUAGGUGAUUUAUCUAGUGUUAGCACUCAGAAAACAGUAUCUGGUGGUGUUGGAUUAACAGAGCAGCAGAACUUUACAGAUAGCAAUAUCUCCACUUUAAGCAGUGGGAAGGUAAUGCCAGAACAAACAGGUGAUUCAUUGAUGAACUCUAAAGUUGCUGUAUCUAUCCAUGGUUCCCAAAAUACUAGAUCUAUGAUUCAGAAAAGUGUUGAAGCAGUUACCCAAGUGGAUGGCCCUGCUGGGUCUAUUGAAGCCAUCAAAUAUCAGGAAAUGAUUAAUCCAUCUAAAGCAACAGAAGCAGUAAUGGAUAAUUCGAAAGUUUCACCCUCUGUAGUUGCAGUUCCCUUGGUUCAAGUGCAAUAUCUUCCAACAAAAGACUAUGGUGUUGUGCCUCCUGCAGUUCAAAAAGGGCUGGAUAAAUCUUCAGUGACUAGGAAAAAAGCAGCUGCUCGAAGUGGUUCUGCAACAGCAGCUUGUGAGCGACGUGCUCGUCUUGCCGGAUUAAAGCAGGCAGAAGGAGCUAAACGAGCAGAUAACAAAGGAAAAGCUCCACAUGCAGUUAUUAAUAAAGAGAAACAGGAUAGUGAAAGUGCUGGAGGUCCUGUAUCACUUGGGGCACUUUCUGCAUCAGGUGACAAAGUAAAUGAGAAUUGGACUGCUUUGCCACAAUCUUCAGAAAUACGGGUGUGUUCUGAAAAGGCAGAGAAAGAAGAUGAGACUCAAUCUGCUUCAGCACAAUCUUCAGGGCCGGGGAUAGGUUGUGAAAUGUCAGAUUUUGGCAAAUGCAACAUGGAAUUUAUUCCUCCUUCCACAAAUGUAAGUUCUUCUGAUCACAGUUCCAAGAAUUCAUGGGUAGAAUCAGAUAAAUCCAUUGGUAGCACUCAAGCGGUUAUCUGUUCAAUGAAAGGCUCAUCUUCAAGCUUGAACUUAUCAGAUGUUGCUGUUUCUUCAUCAAGCAAUAAGGAUGCAAUGCUUGUUUUGAAUGAUGCUUCUCUAUCUCCUAUCGUGGGGCCCUCUAGUGAAGCUAUGAGUGUGAUGCAAAUUCCAGAAAUUGUGGAGACAACUAUACAUAUCGAACAUUGCAACAAUGAAAGAUCUGCAAAGACUAGUUUACCAGAGUCACUAGGACAUCAGGGCUCUACUGCCUUUUUUUCAAAAAUAGAUUCUUCUGUGAUUAUCUGUCAUCAUGAAAAGCUUGAUGCUGUACCAGAAGAGUCUCCGUUGAAGAAAGAACUUGAGGAUAAUAUCUCUGAACCAUGCAAAGAAGUUAGAUUGGAGGAGCUACCUGAGUCAAAAACUAGGGGAGCUAACUUGGUUGAACUUGAUCAACCUGUUGGUGCUAUUGAAAUGUCCACUGUCGAGGCUAGAGAGGCCGAAGUAAAUUUUUUGGGUGCAUCAUCCAUUGACAAUUGCAAUGUUCAGUUAAAAGAGAAAGGAACGGACAUUGAAGUUGAUACAAAUGUUGAUCACCUAUCCUCUAAUGUUGAGCUUUUUGAGGAGCAGGCUAUGGACCAUCAUGAGCACCACGAUCAUUGUGAAGGCAAAACCAAGGAGAAAGAAGUAAGUAUUCUGGAUGCUUCGUCUCAUGAUAAUUGCAAUGCUCUGUUAAAAGAGAAAAAGAUGGUCAUUGAAGUUGGUGCAAAUGUUGAUCAUCUUCCUUAUAAUGUUGAACUUUUGGAGCAGGCUAUGGACCACCAUGUGAACCAAGAUGGCGCCGAAGGCAAAAUCAAAGAGAAAGAAGUCGUGAAAAUCUGUGAAGGUACAUUCAUUUCUGCUCAGGUUGUCGAUAUCUCCACACAAGCUAGUAUAAAGAACCACGAGGAAAACUAUUCUGAUUGCUGCAUGGAGACAAAUAUUUGUUCUAAAAUUGUUCUCCCUGAUAAAUUGCAUUGUAACAUAACUGGAAAAGCAGCAAAAGGUCCAUCCCACUCAGAGACUGCUGCUAUGGUCAUAGAUGAAAUGCCUUCAUGUUCAGCUGAUGUCAAUGAUAAGUUAGUAACUUUCGAAAAUCCUCAAAAUUCAUCUGUUGCUUUGCUAGAAAAAAAUGAUGACCCUAUUGUUGGCUGUUGUAGCAUGGAUAUGGUGCCUCACAAUUUUACUUUGAAGAAAAAUAUUCAUGAUGUGCCAUUUGACAAUCCUGGCGGUGAAGAUCUUACUGAAGCAAUAUGCCAAGAGGAUCAAAUUUCUGGUGUUGACAGUAGCAGCAGGCACACUCAUAGCCAAGUGAAUGAAAAUCCUGAUGGCACCAUGGGUGAUAGUAUCGAAUUGGAUGGUAUUUCUAAUCAAAAGAAUGGCGAUUGGAAACCUCAUGGCACCAUUGAAAAUUCUUUAGCUUCUGACUUGGAUAUUAAGUAUGAUGAGCAGCAAACACAAUUAGUUACUUCUAAUAGUCCUUCACAAUCUGAAUAUGUUGUUCAGCAAGAUGAGGAUACUGCUGUCGAAUCAGAAACCCGAUCAGAUAGGAUGGAUAAUGAAGCAAAACUUCCUGAAUCCAGUGAAAAUGUUACCAGCACAAGGAAUGAUGAGCCUCUUCUUCGGACACAUGAUGGUGAACUAAAUGCAGAUUCACUUGAUAAUGUGCAAACUUCCAAAUCAUAUGGCAACUCUGAAGUGACAAACCCAAACCGUAACAUGAAUGAUGCUUGUGUUGGCAUUGAACGAAAAGUACCUGCUAUUAUGCAAUCUUCUCGACUACAUGAUAUUGAAAAUACAGAAACAGAUUCUAAAAUGAUGGAUGAUGUUACAGAAACACUUGAUUCCAAUAAAAAUGCUACUGACAUGGGCAAUGAUGCGUCUCUCGCUGACUCUUCUGUUGGUAUGGAUCAAAAAGCUCCUGAACUAUAUGGUAGCACUGAAGAGACAGAAACUGAUCCUAAAGUGAUUGAACCAUAUGGUAAUACUGAAGAAACAGAAAUUGAUUCUAAAGUGAUAAAUGGCAAUAUGAAAGAUUCUGAUUUCUUUCACGAUAGUAUUGGUAUGUGCCACAAUGAGUCUAGCACUGAUGAGCAUGUUCGUGCUGAAAUGAAAACAGACUUGUGUAUUAGUGUGGAGGAUACUGAACAAGUAGAACCAGUGAUAGUUGCUGAAGAUGCUCAUCAACCAGCAAUAGUUGGUGAAGAUGUUCAUCCUGUAGAUGAUAUACCGAUCAACUCAGAGCAACAAUCUGUAACAUGUUAUAGCGAAUGUAAUGAAGCAGGCGAUGCUCAUCCUGGUUGUACGGUGGUUGCAUCAGAGUUUUUCACUGGUAAUCUAGUGGGCAAAAAUGGAAGGCAAAUUGCCAAAGCUACAGAUAUACCAGCUAUGGAGUUGAUUUCUGGUGUCAAACUACAAGGCGAUACCAGUUACAUAGAAAAUGUUCAACUUACAUAUGACAGUGCUCACAACUUGGAUUCACUUUGCACUAAUGAAUUAACUGAAGCAAAAACAGCUUCAACUGAAACCGGUGUCGAUGGAGCAGCUAAUGUUGAACAUGAAGCAACUGAAGCUAGUAAAGUUAUGGUUGAAAGUGUCACUGUGGAACUCGGGGUCCCGCAUUCCUUGGUUGAAAUUGAAAAUCAAAGUACCAAAGAAACGGAAGAGCUCAGUGUGGAUUCUACUUUACCCAGUGAGAUUACCGGAGAGCCUACAGUUAAGGUAGAUCAACCAACAUCAUCAUCAUCCCCGAGCAAAGAAUAGGAUUAUGGUAAAAGGUAUGCAAUGUAACUUAUUUUUGGCGUAAGUUGUAGUCAUAGCAAAUAUCAUGCUUUAUGAUUAUUUUGUUUGGCAAGGCCUGCUAUUUCGUCCGCACCGUCGGAUUUGUUCAGGAGCCAUUUCGCCACGAUCAUUGUUAUACAUGUAUGCCUCUGUGUAAAUGUAUUAAUAUGGAUAGUGUCUGCCACUUAAUGGUCAGACAGCCGGGUCCAAGCUGACUAUUGAUACGGAUGCCUGGAACCUUGUUGACAAACGGGGCAUGUGGGGACAUGCGCUGAUUAAGCGACAAUGUUGACUGUACGUACUGAGUUGUUGCUCUAUUUGACCCAUGCUUUGAAAAUUAA